CAGGCGCGGCCGCUCAGGAAGAGGAAAAUGGCAUAAACAACCCCGAGCGCCGGGACCGCUGAGGAGGAGGAGGCGCCGCCGCCCCGGGCCGCGCGGCCCCUUUAAGAGGCGCGGAGUCGCCCCCUCCUCCUCCUGCCCCUUCCGGAGCCGGACCCGGGGUGACGGCGGUCCCCGCGCCCCUUCCCCCUGCCCGCCCCCUUCCCCAUGGUGCCGACCCCGGCGGCGGGGCGGUUGCCAUGAACAGCAGCGGCCUGCCCUGCUCGUCGCCGUCGCCGGUGGUGGGGCCGCCGCCGGGGGCGGGGGUCGGCGUGGCGGGGCCGGCGGCCGGCGGGGCGGGGGCCGCCGGCGGCGGCGCGGCCGUGAAGCUGAAGUUCUGCCGCUACUACGCCAAGGACAAGACCUGCUUCUACGGCGAGGAGUGCCAGUUCCUGCAUGAGGAGCCGGGCGCCGCCCCCGCCGGCCCGGGGCCCGCCGCACCCCCCCUCGGCGGGCUCCCGCUCGGCAUCCCCCCGCCCGCCGCCGCCGCCGGGCCGGGCUACUCGGCGCACGGGGCCAGCUCGGGCCCGGCGGCAGCGGUGGUGGGGCCUAAGAAAGCCGAGCUGGGGGCGGGAGGCGGCGGAGGCGGCGGCGGCGGGGGGCUGGAUGGCCCACGGCUGGCGAUUCCUGGAAUGGACGGUGGUGGGUUAGCUGAUGCUAAUCUAACGGAUUCAUACUUUAGCACCAGCUUUAUUGGUGUUAAUGGAUUUGGAAGUCCUGCUGAAACGAAGUAUCCCAUGAUGCAGAGGAUGACAAAUAGCAGCAGCUCCCCUAGCCUUCACAAUGACAGUGCCAAGCAGUAUGCAGGCCAUGAUCCACUAACUUCACCAAAUUCAUCAUUGUUUAAUGACUUUGCUGCCCUCAGCGUGUCUCAAAGGAGGAAGCUGGCAAAACCAGCAUUUCCUUCGUUUAUCACUGACUUGGAGGACAGAUAUAAUACAGUCUUGCCCAGGAAGUAUCGACUGGGGAUGCUGGAUGAGAGGAUAGUUCCCGUGGGAUCAAAAGCAAGAAAAUCAAAGAACCCUAUUGGCUGUCUGGCUGACAGGUGUAAAACAGGAGUACCCAUCAAUAUGGUUUGGUGGAACAGAGUCACAGAAAACAAUUUACAGACACCAAAUCCUUCUGCAAGUGAGUUUAUUCCUAAAGGAGGCUCAACCUCCAGGCUCACUAAUGUAUCCCAGUCAAGUAUGUCUGCCUUCUCUCAAGCCUUGUUCUCUCACCCCUCCAUGGGAAGUCCUGCUACUGCCGGGUUAGCACCAGGAAUGUCACUGUCAGCAGGAUCAUCUCCUCUUCAUUCUCCCAAAAUAACUCCUCAUACAUCUCCUGCUCCUCGAAGAAGAAGUCAUACUCCUAACCCAGCAAACUAUAUGGUGCCUACUAGUGCCUCUGCAUCUGUCGCUAACGCUGUCUCUCAGCCUCCAUCUACUGGCCAGGUGAUCCAGAAGGAAACAGUGGGUGGAACAACGUACUUCUACACUGAUACAACUCCAGCACCUGUCACAGGAAUGGUUUUUCCAAACUACCACAUCUACCAUCCAGCUGCUCCUCAUGUUGCUUACAUGCAGCCAAAAGCCAAUGCACCUUCCUUCUUCAUGGCAGAUGAGCUCAGACAGGAACUCAUCAACAGACACUUAAUAACUAUGGCCCAGAUUGAUCAGGCUGAUAUUCCUGCAGUUCCUGCGGAAGUGGACAGCUACCACAGUCUCUUUCCCUUGGAACCACUGCCACCACCCAAUCGGAUACAGAAAACGAGCAACUUUGGGUACAUUACAUCGUGCUAUAAGGCUGUAAAUAGUAAAGAUGACCUUCCAUAUUGCCUUCGGAGGAUACAUGGUUUUCGUCUUGUUAACACAAAGUGCAUGGUAUUGGUUGACAUGUGGAAAAAGAUUCAGCACUCAAAUAUCGUAACUUUGCGAGAAGUGUUUACCACUAAAGCUUUUGGAGAACACUCUUUAGUGUUUGCAUAUGAUUUUCAUGCUGGAGGAGAGACUAUGAUGAGCAGACACUUCAAUGACCCUAGUGCCGAUUCCUAUUUCACAAAGCGGAAAUGGGGUCAGCACGAUGGGCCUCUGCCACGGCAGCACGCGGGGUUGCUUCCAGAGUCUUUGAUAUGGGCAUAUAUUGUGCAGCUCAGCUCUGCCUUACGGACCAUCCACACGGCAGGACUGGCGUGCAGAGUGAUGGAUCCAACGAAGAUUCUGGUAACGGGCAAGACAAGGUUACGAGUUAAUUGUGUUGGAAUCUUUGAUGUUUUGACAUUUGACAACAGUCAAAAUAAUCCACUGGCAUUAAUGGCUCAGUUUCAGCAAGCAGAUCUGAUCUCCCUGGGGAAAGUUGUGUUGGCUUUGGCUUGCAAUUCUUUAUCGGGAAUUCAGAGAGAGAAUUUGCAGAAAGCAAUGGAACUGGUGACAAUCAACUAUUCCUCUGAUCUGAAGAAUCUGAUUUUGUAUUUGCUGACUGACCAAAACAGGCUUCGCAGUGUGAACGAUAUCAUGCCUAUGAUUGGUGCACGAUUCUAUACUCAGCUCGAUGCUGCUCAGAUGCGAAAUGAUGUCAUAGAAGAAGACCUAGCAAAGGAGGUGCAAAACGGAAGGUUGUUUAGGCUUCUAGCAAAAUUGGGAACAAUCAAUGAGAGGCCAGAGUUUCAGAAGGACCCAACGUGGUCAGAAACUGGAGACAGGUAUUUACUAAAGCUCUUUCGGGAUCACCUUUUCCAUCAGGUGACAGAAGCGGGUACUCCUUGGAUUGACCUCAGUCACAUUAUCUCAUGUCUUAACAAGUUAGAUGCUGGUGUGCCAGAAAAAAUAAGCCUCAUUUCCAGAGAUGAGAAGAGUGUACUUGUGGUAACUUACAGCGAUUUAAAACGCUGCUUUGAAAAUACUUUUCAAGAACUGAUUGCAGCCGCAAAUGGUCAGUUGUAGUAUUUGCUGAAAGCAUGCAGGACAUUGCUGAGGAACUUAACCUAUAGCAAAUUGCACUACAGCUGAAUUGUUGUUGUCAUCUCAUUUCACAUUUGGGAAACAAACAGGAGAUGAGCAAAGCUGCUUGCACUUCAGUCAGGUACACUGUUACUUGAAGGGAAGAAUGUUUCACUUAUCCUAGAGCUAAGGCUGCCAUUGGAGGCUUUAUCUGUGAAGAAUUUAUUUUAGAUUAAGGAACACAUCAGGUGCAUGAUGUUCCUACUUUUAUUUUUUCCACUUGUAUAUGCACUAAUUUUAAUUUUUUUAAGACUUUUCUGAUCUCUGAAGUUUUGCCACAUUGUAUACUUAAGGGAAACUCUUUGCAAGGACAUUUCUGGGAUACAUUUUUGUCACUGAGGAUAUAGCAAAAUUUAUUCAUUUUUGAUAUUAUUUGCACCCAGAAUAGCAUAAAGGACCAGGUAAAUAAUUUAAUAGAAAUUGUGUUCUAUUAAUGACCGUUUAGUUCGUAACCUCUGUAAAAGUGUGUUGUAUGCAAGCUCUGUAUGCCACCCACUGUUAGCUCAAAGAAAUGUGAGAAGAAACAACUUUUUAAAACCAGUCAAGUGAAGUAUUGAUGAAUUGACUAAAAAGGAAAGAAAGUCCCCUGUCAUUCGAUUUUAAACUUUGUCUAAGCGAAGUGACGAAAACAGCGUAAUGGGAAACAUCUUUAAUUUAAAGAGCAUAUCAAACUUGCUCUAAACACAACCAACGCCUUUUAAAAACUGUUUGUACAUUUUCCUGGUAGUCAGAAGCAUUUACAUUUAUGCAAUUUUUUUAAUAGAUUUUUUUUUAAAGAAAUUGUUUAAAUGCCUGAAGUUUCAGGAGUGUAUUACUUUAGGUUAUUUACAGUAUAAUUUUUGUAUAAAGUUCUGUUCUUUGAACCACAGCUUUAUUAUGGUACGCUACACUGGAUACAGAUACAAAGACACUGUUAAAAGAAGAUUAACUAAACACAGCAGUUGUCUGGCAUCAAGAGCUUUUCAAGUUUUACGGCCUGAAUCUGGAGGGAUAAUGAUCUGCUGUGCCUUUGCAGUCACUGCUUAGCCCAAAGUAUUAUUACUUUUGCUAAUACUCAACACAUGAAUAAUCCUGAAGUAAUUCAAUCUCAAAAGUCUGGAAUUUUGCUCCUCAAUUACCUUUCUAAUUUUUGGACAUGCAAUUGUCUCCAAACUUGGGUAUUCAUGGGAUUUCUAGUUAAACACCUACACUUUGAUACUGAAGACUGCCAAAUAUGUAGGAAUUUCCUUUCUUAAAGCAGUAGUGAAGACUGUAUCUAUCCUUUCCCAGCACUGAAUGUUUUAAUAGCACUGGGUGCUCACCAUGAAGAAAAUGUGGAAACUCAAAAGGUCAGGACAGACUCUAAGCACUUGCAACUGAUGUUACUGACAUCAAUUUUAAUAAUUCUCAAUAUUUGUAGUUUUCAGAGAAGUUUUUAAUAUUUCUCUGUCCACUUUUAUAAGCUUUAAAAUGAUUCUCCGCCUUGAGACUUGCAUCAAGAAAAAAGCAACUCUCUUCACAUCGAAAGCUUUGAAGACUAGGGACAUGCUUUACACAUUUUAGAAAAUGUGGUUGAAUCCACAUUAGAUAGCAUCAGUUGUUGAGUUUAAAAAUCAAUUAUUGUUGCAAUUUUAAAAGGAACAUAAUGUUUAAUAUUCAAACGAUAACAGUUGCCAGAAUGUUCUUUUUAAUAUAAAAGGAACAGGAACUUAGAAAAGUGAACAGGCAGAACAGUCUUUUAUCAUUAGCUCAUGUAUUUGAGGAAGAGCAGCUGUCUUUUCUAUGUUUUUUGACAAAUCAUAUUGUAAUUCUUUUGUACAAAAAAAAAAAAGUACUUGUAUUCUAGAAGAAAUGUGGAAUGCUUAAUUUAUAAGCGGGCUGAGGUUUUUUCCAGUAUUGUUUUCUUUGAAAAUGAAAGGGGAUCAUCUGUUCAGUUGUGGGGUUUGGGAACCUUUGAAAAUUUAAUUUGUGGACCAAUAUUUUGUGGAAGUGUAAGGCAGGGGUAAAAUAGGGCUUGAAUUCUCAUCCUUUUUAGACCAGCACACCCUGCAAGACAUGUCUAAAUUGCAAACCUGUGUGUAUUUGCAUAAUGUCAGUUUGCUUCAGCCCCUAGUAACCUCAGGACUUGGUUUAAAAAUAAAAAGGUAGACAGCUAAUAAGUUUUCAUACAUAAUGUCAGCCAGAAAAUAUUUGGUGUCAGGUAAUACAUAAAAUUAAAAAGAAGUUAAGCUUUGUUUUCUAUUUAUUUUAUUUGGUCUGUAUUUGGGAAUGAUUUGAACAGUCCGAAGUUCAGCUUGGGUGUUUUUUGGGGGAGAGCCCUUCUAGGCCGUUUUAAUUCCAUUUAGAAGGUUGUCCUAAAGUUGUCGUUUGAUCCAUUCAUAGGAAGAACUGUGUAUCUGUAUUUAAAAGAAGAGUCACCAGGAUGUGCCCUCCCAGAUGGGAAAUUUAUUUCUGACCUUCCUAUUUUUUACAGCUAAAAGCACAGAAGGGACAACCUUUGAAAUCAUCUGAUGUUGGUCAUUUUAAUUUUUGUACCUGUUUUAAAUUUUGUUGCUGUAUUUACUAUAUUGUAAAUAUUUUGUUGGGGGUACCUAUGUAUUUUUGAUUUGCCCUUGUUUCAGUAAUUCAGGUGUCAACUGCUUCCCCUAAAAAGCACCAGUAUGUUAAGUUCUAAUGUCAUGAUCCCAGUAUGUGUUACUCAUCUUUAAUCCUGUUUUCAUUGUUCAUGUGUACAGCAGUAUUUUUAAUAAAGAAUACCAGAAGUAA